AUGCUGUCCCUCCGGUCAUUUUCUCUUUCAUUGUGCUUUCCAGGGAAAAUCACUCAACGCAAGAUCAGCUGCCCUCCUCAGCUUCCUCAAAUUGAUGCUGCCAAACCAAGCGCUGCAGAAAGUGCCGAGCAUGUUCAACAUAUUGAUAACCAUCUGAAGAGUCGUGGAAUUGUCAAAAUCGGCCUACAAUUCGAUGACGAUGAAUGUACCUAUCUCGAUAAGCUGAUUCGACAACUACACAGAUUCCACGGCCAUGGGAUUCCCAUCACGCAUAGUGCCUCUCGCGGCUGGUUCUGGGAUGUCUGUCCACAGCCAGCCGACCCAACCCAGGCCCAUAUCGCCCGCUCAGAGACAAUGAACGUGUUUCCCUGGCACACCGAUUGCUCAUACGAGGCAAAGCCGCCGAACUACUUUGCUUUGCAGGUAAUUCAGCCUGAUCAAUGCGGCAGUGGAACGUUUUCUGUCUUGGACAUUUCUCGUCUCGUGUCUUUCCUGUCACCGACUGCACGCAAAGCGCUCCGCGAGCUUGAAUUUCGUAUUGCCGUUCCGCCCGAGUUCAUGAAACACGAGGAUGCAAAGUACAUUACCGAACAACUCCUCCAGGCGGACGAUGGUUGUGGAAUCGCUCGACUUCGAUUCCGAGAGGACAUCAUCACACCAUUGACUCCGGCAGCCUCGAUUGCAUUUCAGGAACUACAACGAACGCUGACUAGUUCCAAGAUGCAGUCUGAGGAGAUACACCUUCCUUCUAGUAUGCUUCCACGUGGCUUAAUAAUCGCAAUGGAUAACCGUCGCUGGCUACAUGGACGGAGUCAAGUUCUUGACCCUAAUCGACACCUUCGUCGAGUUCGAUCACGGCCUUUUGCGAAGCUGUAA